AGAAUUUCAACCACUUUUCUGUGUACAUGAUGCAUUGGGUUUGCAUGGAUGGGAUGUCAUUUCUGUGGCUAUUAGAUAUUCUGCUAAAUCUGCAGAGAGUGUUCCAGUGAUGAUAGAGGGGACAGAAAGAAAUGGUGUAGACUUUGCCUAGGCCGUUGACCCUCUGUGAGAUGCUGUAGAGAAAUGCAGUUCAGAUGGCUUUCAAGGGUAGAUGAGGUGAUUGUGAGAGGGUCGCUGGGUUUAGACUACAGCUCAUUCCACUAAUGCAUGGGCUCCUGUGGGAGCUGCUGCUGGCUGGCUGGCUGGUUGGCUGGGGCUCCAGCUCAUAAUCUAGAUAGUAUCACUUCCUUCUCAAUGUCUGCUACUGCAUCUCCAAGCCCAGCUCCUCUCUUCAGUUAGAGGGGAGCACUGAGACUAGAUGGCUCACUCUGAUAGCAGGGAAACAGGGACUUUGGUAGGACUGUCUCGUCACAGAAGGGAAGAGAAUGCUUUGGGACAGGGAGAGUGAGAUGGGGAGCUUCUUCACUCCCAGUAGAACAGUGAGAUACCUGGAUGGGUGGAGAAACUGAACUGAAACUGAGAUGGAUGGAGCUUACAUGCGGACCAUGGUUAUGAUGAAGCUCUCUGCCCUCCUCUUUGCGUAUUUCCUGGUCAUUUGUCAGAUGUACAGUUCACAUGCAGCUCCCGCCAGAACUGGUUUAGAGUCCAUGACAGACCGAGUCACGCUAACUGACUAUGAAGCCCGAAGGCUACUCAACGCCAUCGUCAAGGAGUUUGUGCAAAUGACUUCAGAGGAACUGGAGCAACAAGCCAAUGAAGGAAAUAGCCUGGAUAGACCCAUGUCCAAGCGUUGCUCCAACCUCAGCACCUGUGUGCUGGGCAAACUGUCCCAAGAGUUGCACAAAUUGCAGACGUACCCCCGCACCAACACGGGAAGUGGCACGCCUGGCAAGAAACGCAGCCUGCCUGAGAGCAACCGCUAUGCAAGCUAUGGAGACUCAUAUGAUGAAAUCUGAGUGGCCCUUCCCUCCAUCAGCCCUAGUUAACCUGACCCCUCUGUUCUGUUCCAUCCUAGCCUGAUGAUUGCUGAUGCAUGUGGAUCUUGCUUGCUUGACUGACUGCAGAGAAACCUUGAUGUCCCGCAAUGUCCCUACUCUCUUUUUCUUUUGUUAAAAUCCCCUUUUUUGACAGAGAAUAAGAUACAUAAGUACAAAGCAGAGUCCAAUCCUUUAGAUUUAGAAAGUGAAUAAUAAUCGAGUUACACUUCCCCAUCUUAAGGUGUAUGAUAUCCCUUUAUUAUACAGAUCAUUCACAAUAUAUUACAAUUGUUAAUCAAAUCAAAAAUCUUAAUCAAUGCUUCUUUCAACCGUGACUAGGUUUCUUGUUUAAUAAACAUAUUUUUUAUACCAGAACAUAUUUUCCUUCUUAAUUAUUCAAGUGAAACAACGCCAAUUUAACAUAUUUAAUAGUUCACAACAGUUUGAACAAUAUUGGUGAAGCCCCAAUGUAUUUGCUAUGUAAAUGUAAAUUCACAAUACAUUUGAGGUAAGUUGAAUAACUAAUUUGAGCUGAAUCUCAUUGUUUAGAUCUCUGAAUGUGUGAAUGUCUUCAUUUUCAAUUUGAUGAUAUAUAUUAUACAUUUUCUCCAGCAAACAGUAAUUUAUUACCUUUGUACUUUUUAUUGUAAUUUAUACAUUUUGUAUCUCUGUAAUAAAUCCUGAAUUUAGGAGAGGUAUGUAUGACCUGUCCUUUCUCU